AUGGCCAAUUCUACACGUCGCCGCUCGAUCUCUGUCUCGAUUGGCGAAGUGAACGAAGAUGAGGCGAUCGAGAAGAUGCCACCACGAGCCACAAAAUGGACAACGAUGCGGAAUAUGCGAAUCGAGGGACACAUCGAUCGAUCAAGGGCCCCACUGCAAGAUCAAAGAAAUGUGGUCUCGCGCCGAGCCAUGCAAAAGACGGAGAAAUUGCGACGUUCUGCCUCGGAAGCUCCUGGAAAUCGAAGAAGCACAGGCGUUUCGAUGGCCACUCACAUCUACAGCCGCUUCAAGGGAGUGCUCUCGAAUUUGGUCAGACAUCGCGUGGAGGAGCCAAUUGGAGGCGAUGUCGAGCCACGCGCGAAUCUCCCUGUGUCAAAUGAAGCAAUCACCCCGCUCUCAUCCCGUGAUCGCCUCUCCAACCAACGACAUUCCCGUGCAAAGCUUUUAGCUGUUCUUUCAGUUUUCGCCCCAUCGUUGACCUCUGUGAAGCCAUCAUUGGUUGCUGCUGCGAUUGGUCGUCUGCUCGUUUUCUCCGAGAAUCGUGCAUGGACUCCCGAGAUGCAAGAAAAGUUGCAACACUCGACUAAAGAGGUUUAUCCGGUGCUUGAAGAUCUCGUCAUACACAUUGGACUGUGCAAAGAAAGUACGUGGGCUGGGAAAGAUUUGAUCAAAUACUGGCGCAAGAAUGGAGCCGAUAUUGAAGAGUUUACGGAUUGUCUUCUUUCUGAUCUCACUCGAUUGUACGAAGAAGAAGCCGAGGAAUUU